AUGAUUUUCAGUAUCUUCAGAGUUGUGCAACUAUCACCAAAAUCUAAUUUUAGAGCACUUCCAUCACUCCAAAAAGAAAGCUCGUGUCCAUUUGCAGCCAUCCCUCAUCCUGCCUGCAGCCGCGGCGCCCUCAUCUACUUCCUCUAUAGAUUCGCCUUACUAGAACGUUUCAUUCCAAGAGACCCUGAAGCAAACCUGGAGGUGAGACCUGAGGAAAGCUGGGACCAUGCUGACCGUGUGCACUACAAAGAAGCAGACUCUGUUCCCGAAAAGCCCACCACUGAUGCCAGUGAGGACAACGGGGGUCCCCAAGUCUGCCGUGUAUGUGGGGACAAGGCCACUGGUUAUCACUUCAAUGUCAUGACUUGUGAAGGAUGCAAGGGCUUCUUCAGGAGGGCCAUGAAGCGCAACGCCCGGCUGAGGUGCCCCUUCCGGAAGGGCACCUGCGAGAUCACCCGGAAGACCCGGCGGCAGUGCCAGGCCUGCCGCUUGCGCAAGUGCCUGGAGAGUGGCAUGAAGAAGGAGAUGAUCAUGUCCGACGCGGCCGUGGAGCAGAGGCGGGCCUUGAUCAAGAGGAAGAAGAGAGAAGGGGUGGGGCCCCAGCCCGCCGGCGUGCGGGGGCUGACGGAGGAGCAGCGGAGGACGAUCAGUGAGCUGAUGGACGCGCAGAUGAAGACCUUCGACACCACCUUCUCCCACUUCAAGAAUUUCCGGCUGCCGGAAAUGCUGAGCAGUGGCCGCGAGGUCCCAGAGUCUCUGCAGGCUCCAUCAGGGGAAGAGGCUGCCAAGUGGAACCAGAUCCGGGAGGACCUGUGCUCCCUGAAGAUCUCCCUGCAGCUGCGCGGGGAGGACGGCAGCAUCUGGAACUACAAGCCCCCGGCCGACGGCAGAGGGAAGGAGAGCUUUUCCCUGCUGCCCCACAUGGCCGACAUGUCGACCUACAUGUUCAAAGGCAUCAUCAACUUUGCCAAAGUCAUCUCGUACUUCAGGGACUUGCCCAUCGAGGACCAGAUCUCCCUGCUGAAGGGGGCCGCCCUCGAGCUCUGCCUGCUGAGAUUCAACACUGUGUUCAAUGCGGAGACCGGAACCUGGGAGUGUGGCCGGCUGUCCUACUGCCUGGAAGACCCCGCAGGUGGCUUCCAGCAGCUUCUCCUGGACCCUGUGCUGAAAUUCCACUACAUGCUGAAGAAGCUGCAGCUACACAAGGAGGAGUACGUGCUGAUGCAGGCCAUCUCCCUGUUCUCCCCAGACCGCCCGGGUGUGGUGCAGCGCAGUGUGGUGGACCAGCUGCAGGAGCGAUUUGCCAUCACCCUGAAGGCCUACAUCGAGUGCCAUCGGCCCCAGCCCGCCCACCGGUUUCUGUUCCUGAAGAUCAUGGCUCUCCUGACUGAGCUCCGCAGCAUCAACGCCCAGCACACCCAGCAGCUGCUGCGCAUCCAGGACAUUCACCCGUUCGCCACCCCACUCAUGCGGGAGCUGUUCAGCAUCGCCGACGGCUGAGCGGCCGCCCCUGGGAGAGCCUCGAUGGACAGCCAGACCCAGAGCCCUCUGAGCUGCCACUCCUGGGGCUAGACAGAUCCACUGCCGAGGGCCUGGCGCCUGCUGACCUGCCUUCCCAGCGGCCACAGCUGACUAUGCACCUCAGGAAGGGGUGCAGGCCCACCCAGCCCCAGUGCGAUCUGUGGCGAGUGUAGCCACAGGCUUGGUGUGGAGAGUGUUCUGGCCCUUAGCUCAGGCCCCCUGGACGCCAGGCUGCUUUUCCCUGAGAAAAGUCCCUGUGGUCUCGGAAUCCCACUACAUCCCCGUAAAUGCCCAUCCCACGGACGUGUGGCAGUGGCGGAGGGGAAGGGGCAACUGGGGCUGGGCCCUCUGAGGGUCUGUGCCUACACCCACAUUCUUUAGCCCCUUGAGCCUUUUCAUGGCCACCUCUGAUACUCCUGUCUCCCACUUCCCACUGGGUCCCGACCCCAGGCUCUUGAUCUGAGCUGCUCGGAGGGUUCCGGGCCUGAGCCCAUCAGCAAGCCCAUUAGUAACAGUAAUCUAGGAGAAGCCAGAGCCUCGCCAGAUGUCAGGUACUUGUCCUGGCCCCUUUCUGGGCAUGCCAUUCUGUCUCUGCAUCUACCCAGACACCAACGAGAGGCCACCUCUGUGGGGUGUACGCCGACUCCAAUGGGGAGGCUGAUCUCAAAGAGUUUAGACAAUAGUUAAGAAAAGGAAAACCAAAAAAAAAAAAAGAAAAGAAAAAGGCAGAAACACAAAAAAACUCAAGGACAAGGUGAAGGGACAAAUGCUGUGUGCACGGGGACCAUCUGUGUGGACGCACAAUGGACUGACUUCUGGAGGCACCUGGGACCCGAGUGAGGAUGCCCCAGGGCGUGUGCUCAUGGGAGGAAGGCCACGGACGGUGGCUGUGGGUACAUGUGUUGACUUGGUGUAGGUGGGUCUGCUCUCCACCUGACUGGGGCCUGGGGUGCCCUGUGACGAGGCUCUGUUGACAGCGAGCUAAGACACAGGGAGCAGAUGCACCAGCGGGCAGCGUGCCUGCCUGUGCAUGUCUGCUCAGAGCUGAAAGUACGAAUGUGUCUGCCUUGCUCACAGUCACCCGUGAGUAAAUGUGUUUUUACAUUGUCAUAAAUUACUCUGAACUAACUGUACGUAUGCACACCUCAGGAGCAAGCUUAGCACCUCAUCCUGGGUUUACCAUCAAACCGAGGCAAGAAAACUCAAGUGAAUUUUUGACUGGAGAUGUAAACUUUUCUUGCCUUCUUUCCUGGGGAAAGAAGAAAUGUGGGAGUAGGAAAACAGAAGUAGAAAUACACACCCACCCACACUUUUACUACUUGCAUGCAUUUUACUACUUCUUACUGCCCGUUACACACCUGAAGACUUUGUUAGGGCCAGAACAAAAAUGUGAUCAUUUAAUUUGGUUUGCUCAUACAUGAUUAUUCUAUAUAAAGAUACAAAGCAUAUAGUAUAUGCAUACCAUAAUUAAAACUGUAGUAAUGGAAUUCA